UCUAUAUUUUAUAACAGUGUUUCCAACCGUGCUUAUGUUUUUCCUCGAUUUCCAUCCAUCGGUGAAGGAAACCUGUUCGAAACGAUUGUUCUUUCGUGGAAGUAUAAACAAAAGGACGAGAUUUCCUGGAGGAAGGAGGAGGAGGAGCAAAGAGGAAGGAAGAGAGAAAGGGGGAAAGUGGGAAGACGGAAUGAAGUAGGGAUACAACGGUGUACAGUGUGCUCUCUCGCGUUUAAUUUUUCAACGAGCCAGUGAACGGCGCCACGAUUGGUCAGGCCAGGUCGCGAGGAACGUACGGAUUUUUCGUCGCGUCCGCAGAUUCUCAUGCAAGUACGUGGUAUAAGCGAAUUUGCCGCGGUCGAUGCACUCGAAAGCUCGCUCGGGGGAGUCGAGUGACACGUACAUGACACCGUGAGGACCCGUGGCACAGUCGAUUCGAGUAAUCGAGCGUCGAAUCGAGCGUCGAACCACACAGCCUGUGGCCACCCCUGCUUCCUAACGAACCUCUAUCAACCUAACCACGACUCUUUUUAACCCAAGAAGAAACGUGUAGGGACAAUAAGAAGAUGCGCAUAAUCGUUGCAGGACGUGGAUUUGUUUUCGUCGCAGAUUAAUCCUGGGGCCGCUGUGCACACAGAGUUGUAAUUGGAAAAGUGGGCCAGCGUGGAACGGUCGGCGGGGCUUAAUCAGAAUGAAAUCUAAGAAGUCCCGAGCAACAAUGGCUUUGUGAUGCCCGAAGGAGGACCGUCGGCGAAAUGAAAGCCCCUGAGAAACAAUGGAAGCGUCCACGCAGGCAUGACGGCCCCAUUCAGAUUCGCAGACGGCAUGCUUAGUGGCGGCCAAAGGAGACGCUCAAGUUUCUAAUCGACGGAGGGAGGGAUCCAGAGGGACGACUAGCAGUAGCGGAAAGAGAAAAUAGCGGAUAGUGGCAUGAUAGGGACAAGGCACCACCCUCUGCGAGGGCGCAUCCUGCUGGCCCUCUUUUUUCUACUCGGCACGCUUGCCUUGCUCUCGAAAGCGGCUGCAUUCCCAGACUGGACCGAUUGUCCAGCUGUGUGCCGUUGCAAGUGGACGUCCGGGAAGAAAUCCGCCUUAUGCCCUGACGCCGGCCUAACCUCGCUCCCGGCCUCGCUGGACCCUGACAUGCAGGUGCUUGACCUGUCCGGGAACAAGAUUCCCGGGUUACAGUCGGAAAUCUUCAAGCGUUCCGGCCUGCUGAAUCUGCAGAGGGUCUUCUUGAGGAACGCCGGCAUUUACAAGAUCCACCCUGACUCGUUCAGGGACAUGAGGAUAUUGGUGGAGAUCGACCUGUCCGACAAUCACGUGGAGAUGCUCGAGCCAGACACAUUUCUGGGCAACGAAAGACUGAGGAUCUUAAUUUUGAGCGGGAACCCAUUGACGCGGCUGAGAAGCCACCAGUUCCCCCUACUCCAACACUUAAGAAACUUGGAGUUGCAGAGGUGUUCCCUGUCCGAGAUCCACGGGGAAGCGUUCGUCUAUCUGACCGGUUUGGAGUCGUUGAGGUUAGACCAGAACGUUCUCGAGUAUCUGGAUGUGUCGGUGAUAUCGAAUCUGCCACGAUUGAAAACUCUGACGUUGGACGGGAACCGGUGGAGCUGCGACUGCAGGCUCAGAGACUUUCGAACUUGGCUGAUCCCCAACGGACCCAGCAAGUUGUAUUCCGUGCCUCAAGCGUGUUCGUCGCCGAUGAGACUGGAAGGUCGUAAGUGGGAGGACGUGAAACCUGUCGAGUUCGCCUGCGAGCCAGAGGUGUUCGUUCUGGCGAGCAGCAUUCAGGAGGAGACGAACGGGAACCUGAGCCUGGCCUGUUUGGCCACCGGCGAUCCAGAGCCCGAGGUUUGGUGGCAAUUGAACGGAGGCCCGGUGAACGCCUCCAAGUUGACCGAGCAAAUUGUUCUUCUAGCCCUGUGCGUGUGCGGCGGUACCCGACGGCAGAGUGCUCGCGAAAAGGUGAAGCUCCAGAGCAGCACCAGUUUCGGUGACCAGGAGAAGAAGCUUCUCGACCUGUCCGUCACCACCACCACCACCCCUGGGAACAGCAACGAUCGGGCUAGUGGGCACGGGAGUAUAGUGGAAGCGUGCAGCACGGGUGAUCUCGAACUGGCCGAAAGGGGAUCCAUUUGCGACCCUAUGAGCGCCGCCACCGUCACAGUGGAGAGGCUGCAUCCAGAGAUGAGCGGCGGCCCGGUGAACGCCAUGAGAACCGUGCCGUGCGUGUUCCCGCCCCCGCCGCCAGAGUUCACCAGCGGCGUUCUACCGCCCGGUAUAUUCGGGAACAUAUUCAUCUCCGUGGCGGUGCCGCAAGAUGCCUCUGAUCGUUGCUAUCCUGACCUUUUGGACAUUCCAGUUCACGCCACUGGCGGCGUGGUGAACAAAACGGCCCUCCCCCCGGCGACCAGCGUUUCCAGUUUCGCCACUCUGCCGCGACGAGCGCUGCGCUCCAGCGACCUCUGCUCGCCUUACGACAAUAUGGGGCCCCGCGUCACGGCCAACGGCAGCUCCGCGUUCUCGCUCACGGACGUGGACCUGAGAUUAUCACCGCCCCCGCCACCGCGAAUCAUUCAACCGCCUCACGAGUUCGUGUCUCUGUAAGGGAUUUCUGGAAUGGAAAUAGUCGGUAUACUUGUUCAAAAGCUCGUCCGUCGCUUCUUCCCCUCCCCACCUCCUUAAACGUACACAACAACCGUCAGUCGCGUGUGUCCUCUUCUCUCCCUCCCCUUCUCUUCCCUCGAUCUUGUUCGUUGUGUUCGUCGUUGAUAGUACUUCGCACUGUAUUCGCAUUUUAUACAGUGAGCCGUGUGCCUACCAGGUGAAAAGAAACACUGGCGAGUGAUGUUGUUUCAGGAUAUACAGGAAUUGUAUAAUCCGGAAAGGUAAAAAAAGUGUUUGCAAUUUUUUACUGGUUGGCUUGUUCAUAGAACUCGUAGUUUGAUUUUUAUCGCCUGUGAUAUUCAUCAUUCAGUGUUACUUUAUAUUCCUUUUUCUUCUUCUAUUCAUUUUUUUUUUCGAGGUAAUUUCUCGAUUCAAGAAGAAUGUUUAUGAUAGAGUAAACAUGGAAGACCAAUAAUCCCGUUGCCAAAUGUAAGUUAAGGUAAAAAAUAGGAGGAACACUUUUGUAUAUCUUGUACUUAUAUACCGUGAGAGUGCUGUAAUAUACUAUAUGUACUUAACAAUUGUUAAUCGUCACUUGGUAAGCGAAUGGCUCACGUUUUUAAAUCAUCCGAAAUCAAAUCCUCGAGCGUACAUUGAUUAAGGUUGUAUACAUACAGGGACCUAGAAAGUUUGUAUCUCAUUGAUAUAUUUAAAAAGACGUCCGGAGGUUAUCGAAAAUAGUUAUGUCUGUCCAACAACUUAUUCGAUUACAUAAGACGUCGAGUCUCGAAACUGCACGUUUCUUUUCUUUCUUUCUUUUAAGAGAUGUUGCCGACACUAGCGCCAAAGAUCGACGUCCGCUAUUUGGAAUUAUCGACGAAACGAAUAUUUUUCACGAAUCGAAACAAUUUUGUAGAUAGCUCAGAACAGAUUAAUUCGUUUGCUCAAGUAUCAGAAACGAAAAGUGUCAGAAAGUUGAAGCAAUUUCUGACGUUAGAAUUCAUAAGAUUUGUGACUUUUUAUAA